GGGUGGGACGGCAGUCACAUGACCAGGAAGUCAAACUAUUUCUGACUGCGGAGAGGGAGUUGGAAGACUCAUUAUUGGAAGCAACUGAAGUUGAUGAUUCAGCUCUGUGGAGUCUCUGAACCAAAAAAAGAUUUCUGAAGAAGACGAUAACCCAAAGAGCGGCUACAAUGGCGUCUGCUAAUCUGAGAGACGAGCUGAGCUGCUCCAUCUGUCUGAACGUUUAUACAGAUCCGGUAACACUGAGAUGUGGACACAACUUCUGCCGGGAAUGUAUUGACCGUGUGCUGGAUUCUCAGGAGGCCUCUGGACUUUAUACCUGUCCGGAGUGCAGAGAGGAGUUCCAGGAGCGACCUGUACUGUAUAAUGCUAGAGCUCUACGGAACAUAGCGGAGAUCCUUUUUAUUUCUCAGCCCAAUCAGGAAGAGAUGGGAAUCUAUUGUACUUACUGUGUGGAUUCUCCUGUACCGGCUAUAAAGUCCUGCCUGCACUGUGAAAAUUCUCUGUGCGGCAAACAUCUGAGAGUCCACGCCAAGUCACCAGAACACGUCUUAUCGGAUCCCACCAACACCCCGGGGAACAGAAAAUGCUCCAUCCAUAAAAAGAUUGUGGAGUAUUACUGCACCGAGGAAAGGGUUUGUAUCUGUGUUUACUGUAUUGCCGAGGGAGAACACAAAUUACACCCGGUGGAAAAACUGCACGAGGCCUCUGAGAAGAAGAAGGAGAAGCUGAGGAAAGAUCUGGAGAUGAUGGCCUCAAAUAAAGCAUGGGCUGAGAAACAAGUCCAGAUUCUGCAGGAACGCAGGACAGACUUCCAAGAAAAAGCAGCCGGCGUAACAGAGAGAGUCGCUGCCCUCUUCAGAGAAGUCAGGAGAGAGCUGGAAGAACUCGAGAAAAAAAUCCCAAGUGACAUUUCCGUAAAGGCAGAGAAGAUUUCACUCUCCCUGUCCAAUCUAAUCCAACAGCUGGAGAUACAGAAGGACGAGCUGUCCGGGAAGAUGAGACACAUCGAGAAAUUGUAUAAAACCACCGACCCGAUAACCAUCCUGAAGGAUCCGAACUCAGACGGAGAGGACAUCUCUCAUACCAAACAGGAGGAUAAUAUGGACACCAUGAUUCCUAGUGAAGGCAACUUUCAUGAGGAUCUCAUCGCAGACAGAUUACACAAAUUAUCAGAUUUAAUAAAAGACAUUCACGUCUCUAUUCAGCAACCAGAAGGAGUUUUGCUUGACGAGGAAACCGCCGCUAAUGAUAUACAGAUUUUAGGAGAUUUGAAAACGGCAUCUUUGUCAGCAGUAUCAUUAAAUCGUCCAGGAACUCCCCAAAGAUGUAAGAACUAUCAGGUCCUAAGCAGGAGAAGUUUUUCUUCGGGGUGGCAUUCCUGGGAGGUGGACACGAGCAAUUCCACUGGAUGGAGAGUCGGGCUGUGUUAUCCCAGCAUGGACAGGAAAUCCUUUAUUGGGGAUAAUGAGGACUCCUGGUGUUUACGAAGGGGUUUAAAUGAAUAUAACUAUGUACAUGAAACGAAACGUAUGCCGAUUCUUCACAAGCCUAACAGUCAUAUAUUCAGGAUCUGUCUGGAUUAUGAGGCCGGGCGGAUCUCCUUUUACGAGCUGAGUGACCCGAUCAGACACCUCCACACCUUCACCACCACCUUCACCGAGCCCCUCCAUCUUGCGAUUUGUAUUUCAGAUGGAUCAAUGGCAAUUACCAGCUAGGAAUAUACAGUGGAACCUCGGUUUUACGAGUAACGUGGUUAACAAGCAUUUUGAAAGACGAGCAACUUUUAAA